CUGCAGGUGAGCAUUCAGCUUUAAUGUGACACUGCCAGUGACAGCAACCAUGUCCUCCAGCCGUCAAUCACUCAGUGCAUGUGAAUAUAAAAGGUCAAUGGGUCCAAAAAUAAACCUCAGGGGGGAUGUUAAAAACAUGCAUGUCACUUCCUGUGAAUGCGACGGGGGAAUCCACAUCUCUGCCUCUGACCCCUGACAGCCGUCAUCGUUCCCCUCCCCGGCGGAACGUGUGAUCUUCUGAGAAUCGGGGGGCCCGGGGGGUCGUGGCGGGUAGAGGGGGGUAAAGUGGGUUAGGGUUGGGUGGACAGGAGUGCUCCAAAGCUAGGACAUAAAUCUACCUGCCAUUUACAGUGAAAGGGAGAGAGAGAGAGAGAGAGAGAGAGAGAGAGAGAGAGAGAGGGAGAGAGAGUGCAGUCAUUUGAAGCUAUUGUAGCAUAUUGCAUUCUAACUAUACAAGAAGCACGACUUUCACAUGAAAGUCUGUCCUCUCACCCCAUUGAAUAGUAUGAGUUCAUUGUUUGAUAUUUCAGUCAGGAGCAGUUCCAACCUAGGGCGGACAGCACAACCUCAUGUUUUUUUUUUUUUUUACAAUGAGUUGAUCCAGCAUACUGGCCAUUGGCCCCAGGCACAGAGCUCAUAAGCCAAUGGCUUUUCACACAUAUACAUUUAACUGUCUGUUGAAUAAAAGUCUUUGUAAACAUAUCCAGUCAGCUCCAAAAUAUGACAAGCUCAUCAAAUUCUCUUACACAUGAAGUUGGUUUUGCGUUCUUCGAAUGAUUCACCUUUCUGUUCCAGACAAAGGUGUUUGACAAGCUCCAUGAGUCACCAUGUGCUCAGUAAUCUGAGUACAUAAGUACUAUUAUGGGUAAAUACCUCCCCUUGAAAAGCAUUUUUACUAAACAUUGCAUUAACAUGUGCUGUUAUUUCAAGUUUAUAUCACGCUGUCGUGAAGUAUACUGCAACAUUCGGCAGAGUUGACGACUUUCCCUUUAAGAUCGCUCUGCAGCGCACCAGACUUCAACCAAGGAGAAGCUCCCCUUGUUCCUAAUAUGGACAUGGCAGGCCUGCCUUAAAGGGGCGAGGGGAGGGCAGGGGAGGGGGACAGACUGUUACAAACUUGAGGACUGGAGGCCGUUUCUAUUUGGAAAGCUGCACAGUCACAGCAUAAUCAGAGUGGAACGGAACUGAAGCGCUAACAACUUGAUCCUGCACUACAGCUCAGCCAGAAGCGCGGCCACAGCUGCAAUACGGUUCAGAAGCCAGUGGUUUGCCCACGACGGGGAUCGUUUUGGAUAAGACAUUCGACUCUCUUUUACCUGAAGAAUAUCAGUUUGAACGGGAUGCCCAUGGAAUAGAUGCACUGAUUCAGACAGACGAGUGAAUACUUUUUUUUUUUCCUUUAGUGCUGGAAAUCUUGAAUUCUGACACCUGUCAGCAAAGCGAUCCACGAAUAUCGACCCGCGCGUAUCACUUCUUAAGGAGAAUAGAAUCAUUUUAGGAACAUAAGUGUUAUUUUUCACUGAUUGCAAAUGACUUGAAUCCCACUUAAUGAUAAAAUAUCACCACACUUAUUUAGUGGACUAGGCAACAGUGAACUGAAUCCCUCCGUUUUACAACGUGUUAAGGGGUUCACACACUUCAUUCCUAGAAUGUAGAUAUCAAUUAGGUAAUAUAAACCUGACUUUUUUAAAGUCAAGCGGAGAAUUUCGCGACGCUCUCCGUGGAGAGUCAACUCGCUCAAAAACAUCAUUAAGGGCUUGUUUGGACACUACUCUCUGCGCUAAAGGAGUCUGAAGGAGCCAGUGCUUUCUCCCUGCAGCGCUGUCCCGCGCGCUGAAGUGCUGAGGAGCGACCACGUCCAGCGCGCGCCCAUAAAUGCCCAGCCGAUCGCGGGGUCUCGAGGAUGGGCGGCAAGAAGAGCUCGUGCAUUCUGCUGCUCGCAGCGUUUGCGGCAUUCCUGCGGCUUGGUAGCGCUGAGGGCGACCCACUCCCUCCUUCCCUGGUGGACCUGGUAAGGGACAGCCCCAUUUCCUCUAUAGAAGACUUAAAGAAGGUGCUGGACACUGACUCCGUAGAGGAGGAAUCAGACAAUCAGACGGUCAAUGAAAUCCACCCCAGCGAGGCUCAUCAUCGAGUUCCCAGAAGCCUCAUUGCGAAUGCUGAGCCGGCGCAGCAGGCUGCGUGUAAGGUGCGGACGGAGGUGCUGGAGGUGACGCGCUCCAUGCACGACCGCACCAACGCUCACUUCGUCCUGUGGCCGCCCUGCGUGGAGGUGCAGCGAUGCUCCGGCUGCUGCAGCAACGGGCGCACCCACGAGUGUGUACCUGUCCUCACGGAGAUCAGGCAGCUGCAGAUGAUGAAGAUCACGUACGUGAACAUGCGGCCGCACAUCGAGAAGGUCAUCAUACCGGUGGAGGACCACGUGAGGUGUGGCUGCCAGUCUCUGCCCUCGCCCCACGCCCCCCGCACCUCCACGCCCAGGAGGCUCCAGCCCACGCCCCCUCCGGCCCCCCGCCUGGCUCGCAAACCGGCCCAGCCGCCGCCGCCGCCGCCGCGCAGCCAGAACAAGGACGACCUGCACCGGCACGACGUGCUGAAGCACAACCAGCGGCUGCACCUGGAGGAGCGCGACGCCCAGGACCGGGUCUGGCAGAACAAGUACAGCCUCUCGCACACGGCCGGAGAGCCCCACCACACGCCGGUGCGCAUGGACUACCAGGCCCAGCCACAGCACCCCCCCACACACACAGACCACCACCACCCUCCUCCUCCUCCUCAGCACCCCCUGACCCACACGCAGCCGGGGGCCUCGCCGGCGGACGGAGAAGGGGGGCUCAGCGGCCAGCCCACAUCUGGGGCACAGCAGGCCCUUGGCAACGCCGGACAACAGGAAGACGGGAGGCAGCCGACGCUCCAUCACAGCAGCGGAGACGACAACACCAGACAAACACAGGGCGGGACGCAACAGCAGCAGCAUCAGCAGCAGCAGCAUCAGCAGCCCAACUACAAGCAGUACCAUCACCAGUACCCCCAGCACAACUACAGGCUGACGGUGGAGGAGCAGCAGAGGUACCAGCCAACGCAGUCAGGCACUUACAUGCUGCGGGACGCCACCACGCCCCAGCAGCCACAGCGUGGAGCAGCCUACCACCACGGCCAGCCAGAUGCCCCCGUUCACCACCGCGGCCAGCCAGAUGCCCCCGCUCACCACCACAGGCAGUCAGACAUGGCCAGUCACCCACACAGCCAAUCAGAAGGGAGCAGCCAUCACAGCGGAUCAGAGGGGAGCAGCAGUCCGUUCGACAGCCAGCCGGAGGUGACCAACGGUCCGAGAACGCAGGAGGACACGGAGGAGGAGAAGAGGAGGAGGAGGUUACACAUCGAGGAACUGGAGAAGGAGAAGGAGACACAACAGGAUGUGAAGUCCGUGCUUCAUCAGGACAAGCAUCACAGUCAUCAGCCACAGCCCCAAAGCCAGCCCCAGACCUCCACCCAGAGAGCAGUGACAGACGCUCCAACCACGCUCCAGCCGCCGAGCGAGUCACCGCGCCCCCACACCACCCCGCGACCCCCGCCCCCACGCAGGAGGCGCCGCAAGCACCGCAGGAGACUCAGCAAGGCCACCAUGAGAGCCAUGAUCAUGGUCAUGUCCUAAUGGCAACCAGCUCAGGGAAGAGCAACACGUGGGAUUCAGGGAGGAAAAACUGGAAUAAAGACCUAGCGACGACCCAUGCUAACGACGCACCUUGAAGCAGCCAUCUUGUAUCCAGUGGGUCCCAAACGUCUCCAAAUCCACCGACGCAGAGGACGUGGACGGUGCGGUGCGGUGCCUCUGACCUUUAACCCCUUAACCUGAUCUACAUGGCACAGAGGAGUGGAGCUCGAAGGGGGCCGUCUCUGACUCCGUGCACAAGACCCUGUUCAGUUCUAACUACUAUGGCCAGUGUUUUCAUUCUCUCUUUCGCUAUCUUGGCUUCCAUCUUCAUCGGCUACUCCGUAUGUGGCUAUAGACCUGUUCUCUGUGGAAGAGUGAGAGAUACGGACGGGGACUGAUAGGACCUCGACUGGUGACUGGAAUACCUUCUGGAUUCCUGGACUAAACUGGAAGGACUGGAGCUAAUUCAUUUCUGGCCUCGCCCGAUGGAUAAUAGCUCCCGCUCUCUUUGAAAGACACUCAGGACUUUUCUUUGAAAAGCAAACACAGGAUACAGAUGCAUGCAGUAUUAAGUGCUCACCAUGCCUCGCUCUCGCUUGUUGUUUUAAGUCGAGCCUCAAACACUGGAAGUUUAAACACUGGAUUUUUUAUGCAUUCUCAGACUGAUGCAUAUAAAAAGAAAAAAAUAAGCAGUUUUUUGUGUCGCAAAUUCUUCCAAAAAAUACAAAUGAAAGAAAUCUCAAUGUUAUCACAUCAUUAGGAUGAGCAUGCCUCGUGAUAUACUGUACGUGAAACUCUUGCCGUAGACUUCUAAAUCGAAACGGCGACACUGGACGGUAGACAGAAUCACAAAUGAGCCGUGUCCAGCCCUCGGGCGCGGCUAAAUGUGGCCUUCUGGACAGGGAGACGCAGAGAGGGACCCUCUCCCCUGUGACACAUGGUGUGGUGUGGACACAUUAGAGGGGAGAGAUAGGAGAGAGAGCUGUCAGCGUUGCUUUUAGUUUGAAGACUACUGAAGAAGCAGUGGAGGCCUCUGGCCCGUGUGUAUUGGUGAAGUCGGAACCUCUGUACAAAAGUGCUAGCUAGCUUACACUGGCUGUAAAUUUUACAAAUGCAAUUGUCCUUAUCUCUGUAUUAUUUGUUAACUUAUUUAAAAAGAGGAUGCGAUGCUGUCCAUAUGUGCUCAAAUGUAAUUAAUGUAAUUGAUUAUAAUUAUUUGUUGUAAUUAUUGCUAUUUUAAUAUAAAGAUGAAACGUA